GAGGAGCUGUGUGCAAUGCAGACUUAACCGCCCCUGAACGCCCCUGCCAGCCCUGUGAAAACAGCCCACCUGCUGCCGUCAGUCCAACACUUUCCUUUGCCUGAAGCAACUGUCAUCCCAAAAGAUCCUGACGGCCGGGCCAGCUGGGAGCAGGGGCUGAAAGAAGAAUGUGAGCUUGUCUUUCCCCUGCUUGUACCUUAAAUAUCUUCCAUGCAAUUCACAGGGUUUAAUUUUAGGCUCCACAUGAGGCAGGGGCAAACGGUUUGCGGCUGUGGUAGAGGUUGGAGGCGGUUUGAUCAGUCCUGAGUCAUAGUUUAGACAGAAGUUAUCCUUCCUUUUAAUAUCAGCAAAAAAGAAGACAUAAAGAAGAAGCUACGCAACGCAAACAUGUCAGACAGCAGAGACCUCGACGAUCUCAACGAAGAGGACAUCGACGAGGAUGAAAUCCUUGCUAUGCUUUCACCCGAGGAGCUUAAGGAGCUCCAGAGUGAGAUGGAUGUUAUGAUCGCCCCAGAUGAGAGUGUACCGGUCGGACAGAGACAGAAGGACCAGACGGAGAAGCCUCCAACAGGGUCGUUCGAUCACAGAUCCCUGGUUGACUACCUCUACUGGGAGAAAGAGUCCAAACGCAUGGUUGAGGAAGAAAGAGUGCCCGCUACUCUGCUGCCCAGCGAGAAAACAUUGAGGGAGGAAGCUGAAAAUAAAGAAGAAGAAGAAAAAGAAAAAGAGAAAGAAAAAGACGCAGAAUAUGAAGUGUAUGAAGUGAUAGAGGAAAUCAUUGAGGAAGACGCUGUAGAUGGUGCGGAUGGAGAGGAAAUUAUCGAGGAAAUCAUAGAGGAAAUCAUUGAGGAGGUUGAUGAAACGGACAAAGGGGUGGAUGUGAAAGCUGAGAAAGAGACGCCAUCACAUGUGAACACAGACAAAGCUGAAAAUACAGACGAACAUUCUGAGCCUCCGGUCAAAAACACAGAAAAAGUCCCAGAAAACCAGACAGAUGACAAUCAGCCUUCUUCGGAUACAAAGGAGAAGAGUGAGAGCUCAGCCCCAGAACAAAGCACAUCGCAAGUUGUAGAGAAAGAGGAAAUUAAAAACUCCGACUCUCUGCAUCCUAAAGAGACUCCAGAGGAGCCCGAGACAAAUGAGAGUAAUGAUAAGCUCCCACCGAAAGAAGAGAGGAAAAUUAACAAAUUAAAUAUUCCAAAGCUGGCACUCAACAAUGUAAAAAUGACAUCGAGACCCUCAGGAAAUGAGACAAACUUGGAUUCGACGCUCGACAAAAUCCGCAAAAACAACCCGUCCGUCACUGAUGUGAACCUCAACAACAUAGAAAACAUUCCCAAAGAGAUGCUGCUGGACUACGUCAACGCCUUGAAGAAGAACAAGCACGUGAAAACCUUCAGCAUAGCCAACACCGGCGUCGAUGAAAACAUAGCGUUCAGUCUCGCCAACAUGUUGCGAGAGAAUCGCAGCAUCACGACUCUGAACAUCGAGUCCAACUUCGUAACAGGGAAGGGCAUCGUCGCCAUCAUCCGCUGCCUCCAGUUCAACGAGACUCUCACGGAGCUGCGUUUCCACAACCAGAGGCACAUGCUGGGCCACCACGCCGAGAUGGAGAUCUCACGCCUGCUCAAGGCCAACAACACCCUCCUGAAGAUGGGCUACCACUUUGAGCUGCCGGGCCCCAGGAUGGUGGUGACCAACCUUUUAACCAGGAACCUUGACCGGCAGAGGCAGCUGAGGAAGGAGGAGACGAAGCAGCAGCAACUGAAGGAGCGGAAGGAGCUGAUGCAGAUGUAUGAGAACAGUCUAAACCUGCCGCCUGGUUUACUCGAGAUGCUCGGGUACAUACCACCUCUAGAACUCCUCCAGCAGCACGGGCUCGUCCCCCCCUCGACGAAACUGAGCACUGUACCCGAAACGCAACAGGAGGAAGAACGGCCCGAGCCUCGGAAGCAGUUCAAACACAAAAGCCCCGCCAGACAACCCAGUGCCGAACCAACAAGCCCAUUAAGGGACGUCCAGUUGAAGAGGACUCCAAAGAAGCGCGACCCUUUCCUGGAUCUGGACCCGAGGGACAACAAAAGACCAGAGAGAGCGGCUUUCCAGCUGAGGAAGACUCCCAAAGCGAGGGCUGCAGGCAGUGAAGAGAUGACAGACGAAAGACCGAACCUGAGCGAUGUGAUUAAGACUCUGAAGCCCAUCCCUCGCAGACGAGUGCCGCCAAAGGUGGAUCUCACACCCCGGGAUCAGCUCCUAAAAGAGAUCAAACAGAGCAAUGUCGCCUAUCUGAAAGCGGUGCCGCUCCCUAAAAUCCUGGAAUCAAGUGAAACUAGUCUCUUCUGAAGCUGCAACUUUAACCACCUGUUUGCUUUCAACACACUAUAUUUAUUUAACACAUAUUUGAAAUUAGUCACUCUAAAACCUUCUCAAAUGAACAUUGCAAAACAAGCGAGCUGUGCUUUCAUCACACAUGGUAAUAUUAGCAAGUUGUUGUUCCACUCUUGUGUUUUUCUCUCAUUAAAUUGUGGCUGUCUUUAGGAAUAAAGGAAUGUCUUUCUACAUUAAAAUGUA